AUGGCGGCCGCCCAGGAAAUCCCUGAACUGGAGCGCUAUCGUUCGCUCCUUCGUAUGUCACCUCAGGCUGUCCUUGGUCUAGUUCUUGAGGGGAUUAAGACUAAUUGGUGGGGGCUGGCUUGCCCGCAUCAUUGCACCCAACCUUCGGGUGGAUCUCUGGACUUGCCUCCACCCUCGCUUUGGUCUGGUGGCUGUCUGGGUUUUGGUGUGGUCCUGGCUCUGACAUUGUGCGUGGCUCCUCGGUCCGUCUGGCCUCUCGUGCCCGUGUCCUUGCGUCCUACUUGCAUGAGCCAACCCUCCUCCAACCACGACGUCGGGAUUGAACUCCAUAUAUCCCUACCUGAGGGUAUCCAGGUCACUGUGCGGGCCCCUACCUCUUCUGCUGGUGUUGCUGCUGACCUGUUGGGCUACAUCUCUCUCUUCCAGGCCUCUGCACCGUCGGUUCGGUCGGAUCGCUCCUUCGAGGUUGUGUCUUCUGUGGCUGAGUCUGUGCGGAAUUCCCCUCCUAGGGAGCGUCCUGUGGAAUCAAGGGACUCUAUCCUGCGAUCCUUUGCUGGCUGCCCAUCUCGCUUGUUUGUGCACAGCCCUCGUUUGUGUGGGUCAACACUGUCGGGUAAGGACCGGGUUGCUCGUGCUUGGCUGGCUGGUCAGUGGGCUGGUGCCGUCCGAAGUGGCCGCAUCGGCAAUCCCAACAGGACACCUGCCAUCGACCUUAGGUCGCGCUUCUACGCAGUUCUCAGGGCUCCUGGACUUGCAGGCCCGACCAUCUUCAGGUCUUCAGCCAGCUACUGGCGCUGUGUUGGAAAUUUGGAAGAGAGCUCAGCAAUCUCCCAGUCUUUCCCUAGCGAGGUUGAGGCCCGGAUCUACUUGGAGGCAGCAGGGGAGACCGACAUCGAGUUUGUGGAAUCCCUGACCUUGGACUCUUUGGUCACGCUCCAGUCGGAUGUAGAACCCUAUGUUUUGGAUUGGCCCGCCGCAGAGCCUGGUUCUGUAGCCGAAGCCCUAGUGCUGGUGACCCAUAUAAGGCCAGGUGGAUUUUUGGCCGCGGUCCCAGUUGGAUUUAUCCCAGAAGAAGUUCUCGCCGUUGGCAACUCUUCCCAGCGCCCCGGUCCUGUUGGUCCUUCGACCGUCAUCGUUGUUCCUGGUUCCAUGCUCGACAACGGUACCCUUGUUCCGGUCGGUUCCCCAGUGUCCGUGGUGGUUGUGGAUUUUUCCCAAGAUGUUCUUCCUCAGUUGCAUCCUCUGCCAGUUGCUUCCGACCUUCACUUCACCUUCGACCCAGAUCAGCCAUAUGCUGUGCCAACUCCGCUGGAUUUGUUAAGUCGGAUUCAGGAAUGGUUGGAGGCGGGAGGAGACAGUGGACUGGGCUAUGCAACAGCUGGAGGGGAGGACAUAGAUGGAGUACCCCUAGAGGAGGAGGAUUUUGCAGACGCAACACCCGGAUCCCCCCUUUCGGCAGUGCCAAAGCUUCCAACAAAAAGCCGCAAGGCAAAACCCACAGUGCCUGGGCCAGGGCGGCCUACCAGUGCAGAAAAACGCCCUACGGUGGCGAGCCUCGCAUCAUCUCUUCAGGAGCUGAUCCAGGUAAACUCAGGCCUCACUCAGCAGAUACAAAGCCUCUCCCUGCGGCAGCAGCAGCUCGAGAGACGAGCUACCCCGCCUCCUCAGACACUUGCCACUCCUCAAACUCUCUUGAGCCAGCCUUUGUCAUCUGCCCUGGUCUCCCAAUCCCAUCAGCCCUCCGCAGUUGCGAAAGCCAUCGGAACCCCCCCCAGGACUUCCGCUGGCCUGACUCCGGGUCUUUUGAGGUCUCCUUUGAUCCAGCCCCCAGAGCUAACGGAGUUGGAGGAGGAAAAGCUGGAGCAUCCCCCGUCUACCUCGCGCGCUCACAGCUCUUGUCAGUCAGAUAGCCAGUCAGAGCUCCGACCCUCUCUUGGACUUGGGGGGAGGGAGUUUUGGGGCAAGCACCCGGGGGGCUCAGGGGAGGGCAAAGCUACAGGCGGAGCUUGCAGCCCAGAGAGGAAGCUUCUUCUCUUCGGUGCUCACUGCCAUGGCCAGGCGCAUGCAGCCAACCAGCUCAGCAGAAGGGACCCCGGAGGAGCUCAUGGCCAAGGGGGUAUCGGGCAGCAGGUACUUGGAGAGGUUCGGAGGCUUUGGCAAGCACAGGGAGCUAGGUUGCCUCCAACACCAGGUGAUGACAAUCAUGGACUUUUUGCAGGUGGGAAACUUGCAAGCAGCAAGGGACUCCACGGCCUUGCUGGCGGUCACCAUAGACCAGGCGGCAUUAGACAACGGCAGAUUCGACUUAGCCAAUGUCUUAUGUCUCCAAGAGGAGCCACCCAGCACGGUUUUCAGCCACAAGCCUGCAAACGUCCUCUCAAGGACUCGGGCCUUCACUCCAUUGGCCAGUCAGCAAUGGAUUACGGUGGCUCUGGCAUAUAUAAAAGAAUUGGAUGUCAUCACGACCAAGAGGUUGGAGUUGUCUUCACAAACAAAGCAAAACACGUUCGCAGCCAGCUCAGCACCCCCCGACAAUCCCCGGCCAAAGCCCAAUCCAAAGAGAAAAGGGAAGGCGGGAGGAAAAUGGGGCAGCAGUGCUCCGGCCCAACAACAGGAGCCAGAGGACUGAAGUGGCAUAUGAAGGUUCCCUAUGAACCUGAAGGUGGGGGCGGGCCGGUGUCAAACCCCCUCACUUCUCAGGUCACGUUUCUCCAGUGGAUGACCUGCCUUCCACGUUGGAUUUUGCAGACCCGCACAAAGCUUGCGUCUUGUCUUGCUCGUUCUUUUGCCAUCCUGCGCCGAUCUUCCGAGACGGCUUCCGCACUCUUUCCCCUGCCCCUGCCAUCUCUUGAUUGCUUCCGUGGUAGUGGCCCUGGUUUGUCUUGUCGCCGCCUCAAGUCCGUGUGCCGUGAUCGUCUGCUUAACAUUUGGACUUUGGUACUGGACUUUUUGUUCCUUGGUAGGUGGCCCAGCAAUGAUGAGCUCAGGAGACGUCCUUCCAAUGCCCAGGAAAAGGUUUUUCAUCGCCUUAGGACGUUUUUGAGUGCGUGUGGUGACACCCAGGAAAGUUUUGACCUUUGCCCCGGUAGAUCCAGCCCAGAAUUAGGUAGUGCAUUGUUUCACUUGGAGGCAUUUUGCCAAACUUGCCAGGACCUUAGUUCCGGUUACAUGGAGGCUGACACUUUGCCUUUCAAGCAACCAGGUCCACUUUUGUCGGUUGAGAAGCACCCUGAACUGCAGCCGUAUAGGUCCCUUGAUGCAUCGAGGCUCAAAAUUGUCGGAGAGGGAAAUUGGAAUAUGGAAGCAUACCUUGAUGGACCGCUGGGGCUGCUGUGUCUCAUGCCUGAUCCCAUUGCCCCUGGCCUUUUCAGUAGGGUUUUCAAUGCCUUCAAGGAUCGUGAUCGAGACAGACAAAUAGGUGAUAGACGUUUGCCUAACCUGUCAGAACACCAUGUCGAUGGGCCUUCGAAGCAACUGCCUCAAGGACCACAGCUGACCUCAGUAAGAGUCCCACGAUUCACUCAUUUGCUGAGAGGUUCUGUAACUGAUAGGAGGGAUUUUUAUCAUCAAGCCGCUGUCACGUUGGAAAGAGCCCAGAGCAACAUGCUGCCUUUUGCUUACCCCACCGAAGCUUUUGUUGGCACUCAGGCCUAUGCUGGCUUACUCGAGAGGUCAAACCUAAAGCCUCCCCGCGCUCGAGAGAUUGCAGGAGACCAGCUUGAUUGUCGCAAGCAUCGAAUCCUUGGGGGCUGCCCGGUCCCUAUUGGUAGGUGUUGGGAUGCAUUGGUGAUUGAUGACUAUUUUGCAUUUGGGAUUGAGCCCGUGAGUUCGCCUCCAGAGAAGUCCUUUGCCAUGCAUUCCUUAGCUGUUGCCAGAGGGGUCUACCAGAAAGAAGGCCUGAUGGGAUCUGAUGAAAAGGACGUAGUUGCUCAACCAGUCUUUAAAGCAGCCGGAGCUGAAGUUAGGUCUUCCGAGAAAAAUGCUCGCUCCGGGGUGAUCCCUGUCGGUGCACCUUUCUCCAAGAGAAUUGCCUUGUCGGUCUUGUCCCUCAGGUCUGCGGUCUUGCCAGGUACCUCAGCCCGUCUGGUGUCCCGUCUGGCUGGAAAUUGGGUGUCCGUUUUGCAGUAUCGGAAGUGUUUUUCUAGCCUCAUCGAUGGACUUUUUAAGCUGUCGAGCAAAAGCCUUGAAGAACCUAUGCAGUGCGUCCACAAGCUGCCUAGGAGCAUAGCCCAAGAAAUCACCAUGCUAGCAGUGAUGGCCCCUUUGAUUUUCAGCAAUGUGUCGGUCGAUUUCCUUGACCAUGCCUAUGCCACAGAUGCAUCUGUCCAGAAAGGUGCAAUCGUUUCCACUUCAAUGCCCGAGGAGGUUCAUGAGGUACUCUGGCAAUCAGCUGACAAGCGGGGGGCCUACACUCACCUUGACAAUGGCUUCCGAGGCCUCUUGAGACAGAUUGGUGAUGUUGACGAUGACCAGGACUUUCCUGGACCAUUGCCACUGGUUGAGCCUUUGUCGAAACAGCCACUGCUUUAUUUUGACUUUGUUGAGAUUUGUGGUGGUGCGGGAAAGGUUUCGAAAGCUGUCAGUAGUUUUGGUAGGUCAGUUGCCCCGGUUUUGGACUUAUCAAACAGCCGGCAUUACAAUCUGUCCUGCCUGCGCCUGACCGAGUGGAUCAUUUACAUGAUAGAGGAAAAUCGUUUCAGGUCCUUUUUGAUAGCACCACCAUGUACAAGUUUUUCACCUGCAGCACACCCCGCAGUGAGAAGUUACCGACAGCCUCUUGGCUUUGACCGUCAAAACCCAAAGACUUGGCUAGGGAAUCAGCUUGCAUUCCGAACCCUGCUCCUUUUGCGUGUUGGCAGGCGAUGCUUCAGACCUUGUGCAGCUGAGCAGAGCCGACUUAGCAAGAUGUGCUGGUUAGAUCUUUGGAAGGCCUUGUUGUCGCUUGGUUUUGACGAAGCGGUGAUAGCUUCAUGUGUUUUUGGCUCCAUCCACAGAAAGGAAUUCAGAUUUUUGGUUUUCUUACUGGAUGCAGUUUUCCUGACUCGGCGCUGCCCGGGUGGACAUGCACAUGUGAAGGUUGAAGGGUCCUACACAAAAGCCUCUGCCAUUUACGUCGAUGGACUUGCAUGGCACGUUGGGGAAGCCUUUCACAGAGCCCUUAAAGCCAUUGAAGCAAAGGAGUUGUUAGUACCUGACGUUCAGGGACAGGAAACGGUUUUGGCCAACGACGUCAUGGCUUCAAGUCGAUGGCACACUGUCAGAGCGUGGUUUUGGAAGCGUUGCUCACAUAUCAAUGUUCUUGAACUUGCCGCUGCCGUCUCUGUCCUAGGGUCUGUUGCUCAGUCCAGAUCGUCCGUCAGGUUUGCCAGCUUCUUGGACUCGUCUGUCUGCCGAGGUGCCUUGGCCAAAGGAAGAUCCGCUUCCUAUGCUCUGCAGCCCGGUCUCAAACGAGCUUGUGCCUGGUGUGUGGCUUUUGACUUAUACCCUGCCUGGCCGUUCUCUCCCACCAGACUGAACGUCGCAGACGAUCCUUCCAGAGGUACGGAGCCCAGACAGCCUGUUGCAUUGUCACUUGUCAGACAGGAUGGACUUAUGCUCAGUGCCUCUGUUGCCUCUGGACUCCGCCGUUUUACUGCCAACUGGUGUCGACUGUGCCUUUUGGUCUUGCUUACUCAACCGGCCCCAGCUCUUGGCUCCUCUGUGUAUCACUUUGGAUUUCAGUCAGAAUGGCCUGCCAAGCUCCUCUCGGUUUGUGCGUGGGUGGUGGUGACUGUCUUCUGCUCCUUGCUGUUGAGCUGUGGACUCUCUUUUGUCGUCCCCUAA